GGCCUGGGCGCUCACUCACUAGGAAAGCGUCCACAGAGCAGUAGAAGCAACUCUAUCGAAUGAGAGUUUCAUUCAUAUUCACAGGAAAUACCACGGCAUGGAGCCAAAAACCAGUCCCAGCGACUCGAUUCCAGACCGCGAUUCACAAGCAGCCACUCAACCCACUCACAGAAGAGCGAGGACUCGUGCUCGGAUAAGCGCAGCCUGUGUGAGAUGUCAAAAGAGGAAGAUUCGGUGUGAUGGAAUUUUACCAGCAUGCACAGGUUGCCAGAAGGCCGGCGUCCGGUGUGUGGAUGGCGGUACCUCGCGUGAGAUACCUCGAAACUAUCUGACGGACCUUGAAUCGCGAGUUUCAUGGCUGGAAUCUAUUGUUCGUGAUAGAUGUCCAGAUGUCGACCUCAGCUCAGGGCCGGGAAGGCCAUCACAAGCCAAGGCAGCAUCGACUGGCCGUGGGCAAUAUUCCACGCGCCAUAAUUCUAAAGACUCCCCAGAAGAGACUUCACCUCAUGAGAUAACGGAGCAAAUGAGUCUCGUAUCAAUUUCUGGUGGCUCAGACCUUCGAUACUUGGGCCCCUCCAGCGGCCUCUUCUUCACCAAAUUCGUGCUUGCAGGCUUAGCGCAUGUUGCAGAUAUUGAGACAGUAAACCUUCGCGGCACCGGCUGCAACGAAAACGACGGGCUCUUGCCAGGAGACUUGGUUGAUCUGCAAGCGAAAGAUUUCCCAAAUGACAAGAGACAAACCCUAUUCCUCACUCAGAUAUACCUCGACUCCGUUCACCUCCAGUUUCCUUUCUUGCACGAGCCCACUCUCCUUGGCAUUAUUGACCGGAUUUACAAUGGUGAAAUCCUGGAUCCCCUGGAAGAGUUCCACGUAUUUAUGGUACUGGCAAUCGGAGCCACGAUUUAUGGUCGGCGCUCGCGGCGGCAUAUGCUGGGCGAAGGGUAUUAUGCUUCUGCUUUGCAGCGUCUGGAUACUGUUUUUAGAACGCCGUCCCUCGCCACCUGCCAAUGCCUUUUAUUGCUGGAGAUGUAUACUCUCCAUGACCCAUCCUCAGGGCUGAAUCUCUGGACUCUUCACUACCAUUCGCUGGCCUCAUGCUUGGAACUGGGCUUGCAUCGCGACGUUCGGAAUCCUCGCCACUUUAAUCCUCUCCAAGUCGAACUACGCACGAGAAUCUUUUGGUGCACGUAUGCUAUGAACCGGCAGCUCUGUACCACAAUGGGGCGUCCGCUAGGCUUUUUCGACGAGCAAUGUGAAUUAAGAAUGCCGUUGGACGUGAACGACGACGAGUUGACCGAGGAAGGAGUUAGGCCUUCCCCGAGACCUCCUGGAAGCCUUACAACCAUGACAAGCGCAAUUCAUCUUUUCAAAUACGCCAGACUCAGCUCUGAAAUCAAAACUGUUAUAUUUUGUACCGAUCGAAGCUAUCCGCCGUAUGUAACUCCCGCCGUUCACGACAUGUCGGCAUGGCGCACGGACGUGAUCAGCCGCGUGCGAAAAUGGCGACAAGAGAUCCCCAAGCAUGCUGAAGGCGAGCGCAUGUCUUACUUGAAUGAUCUCUGUGAAAUCCGAUACCACGAACUGAUGAUGCUUAUCCUGCGCCCCAAUCCUGUGUUUCAACGGCCAACGAAAGUGGAUAUGGGCGAAUGUUUCAGCAGCGCUAUUGCAUGCAGCAAACUCUACGCGAAACUAUAUGGCGAGAAUCAGCUGCGCUACGGAUGGCUUACCGUCCACUCAUUAUUUUUAUGUAUUAUGACGCUCUUCUAUUGCGUCUGGACGCCAGACAGCAUUGCCGAACAGGUUAAUUUUGACUGCCUGACCCAGUCUCUGAAGGCAGCGUCGGAUGUUCUCAGUGCGACUGGAGAGUACUGGCCCGAGGCAAAGCGGAGCCGGGACGUCUUGGAUCGAAUCUUCUCAGCGACCAUGAGACGAUUUUCUCCGCGACAAGACUAUCCAAAGGGGGUACCAUUGUUAUCGCCAUCGGAUUCUCAGCCUGGCAGCGCCGCGCCAUCAACGGGCAUGACUGAUGGCACUAGCAUCUCGUCCCAGUCUGGGAAUAGUCCAUAUGGAGACGGACUUGUCUCCACGAUAGAUGGAUUUGUCGCUUCGGCGGAUGCAAUGCUUGCUCCGGGAGAAGGAUUACUGCCUCAUGGCGAACCGACGCUGGGCUCGCAGCCGCUGUCUCUCGCAGACCUUCCGGAUAUGACUGCCGAGUUCCCUGCUUAUCCGACCACGACGUUGGAUUCGUUCGUGUCGACAGACUGGCUGUCGUAUUUCAUGAAUGCGGAAGACUUUGGAGGCAUGGGCAUGAUGGAUGAUAGCUUUGGGGGCUUGGGUGGGUUGGAUUUAGUAACGGAUAUGUCUGGAUGGUACCAGGGGGACAUGAGCGUAUUGCGAUGAUAUUAUAAUGGCACGACACUUUGUAGAAGCGAUUCAAGACGAAUACCUAUAUUAAAAUAAUGCCUCAAUUUGGUUCUCAUCAGGUAUCUGCCGUUGUCGUUGUCGUUGCUGUGAAUGAGAUUAGGCAUCUGGCAUCUGGAAUCAGGAAUGGGUACAUG